AUGCGCUUGGAGACGCCGAUCGCGCGCCUUUGCCUCCGCUCUCUUCAAGGCGCGCCCAUCUGCCGCCGCCACUCCCCGCCCGCGUUGCCUCCCUCCCUUUCAAACCUUCGGGCAGCGAUCGCGGCUAAAAGGUCCCUUUCUGGUCACUGGGGCUCCAGCGCGGGUGGGCGGAACAAGGACCCGGCGCCCGGCUCGUCGAGGUCUCUCGGCAGCCCCGAUUGCCGCACAUCAGGCUCGGUCGAGGGGAGGGAGAUUCCCCUUCGCCAGGGAUCUGAGAGGCGGGCGGGGCGCCGAAAGGAGCCGCAGUCGCUGCGCCCAGCCGAAGCCGGAUCCGGUGCGUGGCGGCGGCGGCGCCUUUCCCUUUCUCGGCGGCAGCUCGGCUCUCCGCAAAGAGAGGCUUCCCUUCUCGAGAAGGGGGUGGGGGUGGGGAGGCUUCCCGGCGGCGGCGGCGCCUCGUCUCUCUCGCUGCCUUUCUCCCACUGCUCCUCCGAUGCCUCCGCUUUGCUCUCAACCUGCAAGCCCAACCCCCUGACCCAUCGCCCGCCUCCGUCUCCUCCCCUCCGGGAGGUAAAGGUAACAACGGCGGCCGCAGCACCUGCUCCUCCUCCUCCCGCAGCCGCCGCCGUACUAAACCUCCGCGGCCACCCGGCUCCCCCUGCAGGGAACGGCAGGAACGCCGCCGCCCCGGAGUCCGCCAAGCCUCUGCGGGAGUCGCGGCGAUCAGAGUUCCCAAAGCUUCGGGACGAGGAGGAGGAGGAGAAGGGGGAGAGGGAGGGAGACGGGUUGGCUUUCAGAGGAAGCAAGGAAGUGAUGGGUCUAAACCGUGUACAAGCCGUGCGCGGCUCCCGGUCCGGGUUUUUUUCUCGGAAGUCAAGUCCCGCUGAGUUCAGUGGGGGACAAAUUUUCAGUUCCAGGGAGUUCUGGGUUUGGCUACAGGCUCCUACCCUAACCUUGGUGCCCUCCUGGUCUGUUGGACUACAGCCCAGCACAUCUAGAGAGCACAAGGUCGAGGAAUGCUGUCUGAGCUCCUUCACAGAGUUGGCACUUUUCUUUCUUUUUUGGCUGGGAGCCGUAACAACUAUGUAUAAAUUACCUGGAAAAGAGCAGCAAUUCAAAGACUUCAGCCACAUUUGCUGUCCACAUAGGCACCUGUGUGAAAGGGAAGCAACAGUGCUGGCUUUUGGGGAACCAUGUGUACAUUUUACAUUCAUGGAAUGUGCAUACUUAGAAAAGCUCCAUCUACUGAGUUUGGAUAUACUGUGUACAGUGGAAGGUUGCCACUCCAAUAUUAUCAAACAUUCUGCCAACGCUUCCAACUUCAAGUCCCCCGAGACGACUGCAAAACACAAAUUCCUUUUUCUCUGA